AUUUUUGUAGGCCGACAGUGCUAUUUGUUAAAGGCUAGUAGGUUUCAAAGUUCACUUACAAAGUUAAUAAUAUUCCACAUCCACAUUCAUCUUCAGUUUAUUUUUUGACUCAGCGGUGAUAGUACAUUAGCCAAUUAAUGAAAAUGGCUUCAGUUACCGCAAUUACUCGUGCUUUAUUUAGCAAAAAUGUUAUAAAUACCGGUCGUAUCGCGGCAGUAUCUAAUACCAGUUUUAUAAAAUUCUACAGUACCGCUCCUGAAUAUGAAAAUAUUAAGAUAGACAUUGUAGGUGCUAAGAAAAAUGUUGGCUUAAUUCAAUUGAACCGGCCUAAGGCUUUGAAUGCACUUUGCAAUCCUCUCUUUAAGGAACUCGGCAAGGCAGUCAUUGAUUUUGACGCUGAUGAUAAAAUUGCAGCUAUUAUAAUAACUGGCAAUGAGAAGGCAUUUGCUGCGGGAGCUGAUAUUAAGGAAAUGCAAAACAAUAGUUACAGCACUAAUGCAAAAACUGGCUUUUUAAAGGAGUGGGAAGAUAUAUCAAACUGUGGAAAACCCAUCAUUGCUGCUGUCAAUGGAUUUGCUCUUGGAGGAGGUUGCGAGCUGGCCAUGCUCUGCGAUAUUAUUUAUGCUGGAGAAAAAGCUAAAUUUGGACAGCCUGAAAUCAAUAUUGGUACUAUCCCUGGAGCCGGUGGCACCCAGCGAUUACCACGUUAUGUUGGCAAAUCUAAAGCCAUGGAAAUUGUCCUCACUGGCAAUUUCAUUGACGCUCUUGAAGCAGAGAAAAUGGGUCUAGUUAGUAGAGUCUUCCCUGUUGAGAAACUUCUGGACGAAACUAUCAAGUUAGCAGAGAGGAUUGGAACACAUUCUCCUCUGAUUGUGAAGUUAGCAAAGCAAUCAGUUAACCAAGCUUAUGAAACAACCCUAAAAUCUGGUCUUCAAUUUGAAAAAUCAAUAUUCUAUGGUACUUUUGCUACGGAGGACAGAAAAGAAGGCAUGAGUGCAUUUGUUGAAAAGAGACCUCCUAAUUUUAAAAACAAUUAAGUAGUUAACAAUAAAGAUAAUUCACAGAAAGUGACUUGAAAAAAUUUGUAUCAACAUUGUAAAAAUAUAGUUGUAAGAAACAAAAGAAUUUAUAGAAUUAUA